UAUCUUACUUGUCAUUAUCACUCCUUUUUCAUCACAGCAGUCAUUGAAAAAACUGUAUAACAUCAACAUCAGUAACGUUCUAGACAAAAAGUUAAUAAUUACAGAUGAAGUUAGCAACAUUCAUGAAACAUUUUUUAGGAAUCUGGAUUAUACUUCACUACUUGCAACUAAGUGAAAACACGACCAUAAAAGAUAAAAUCGCAGGAGUUUCGAUUAAGAUACUAAAUAAACAGGUUGAAGCGUAUUUAGGAAUUCCAUAUGCAACACCUCCUGUUGGAGACUUGCGAUUCAGUGAACCUCAACCUGUUAAAGAUUGGGAUUUUGUUUAUAAUGCAACACAGAAACCUCCUUCCUGCAUGCAGGAUCCAAUGUUUGACUUUCCCGAAUGGUCGAAUCGCCAGCCGAAAGAAAUAAGCGAAGAUUGCCUAUAUAUCAAUGUUUGGGUUCCAGAAUCCACUACUUGUGGCGAUAAACUCACUACUAUGGUCUGGAUCUACGGAGGAGGUUUCACACUUGGAUCCACAAACAUGGAUAUAUACGACGGAUCAGUUAUUGCAUCAGUAGGAGAAGUUAUCUUUGUUUCCUUCAAUUAUCGUCUAGGAGCAUUCGGUUAUGCAAAUUUUGGACAAGACGAUGCGGCUGUGAAUGCGGGAAUGUUGGAUCAAGUGUUGGCCUUAAAAUGGGUUCACGAAAAUAUAGAAGCUUUCGGGGGAGACAAAGAUUUAAUAACUAUUUUUGGCGAAAGUGCAGGAUCCAUGUCAGUGGCACAUCAUCUCAUUUCCCCAAUGACUAAAGGAUUAUUCAAACGAGCAAUCCUGCAAAGCGGAAGUAACAACCAACAAACAUUUACAGCGAAUCCUGAAGACAAUUUCGAAUUUACAUCAAUGAUGGCGAAAGAAUUGGGAUGUAGUGAAGACGAUAUGCUACCAUGCAUGAGAAGAGUAGACGCUUUCGAUAUCGCAGCUUUUCAAAAACAAUUUAUGCAAAGAAAAAAGACUUUUGCAACUCUCAUUCCUCAAAAGGGAUCUCCGUUUCUUCCCGAAGACCCAUUUGAAAGUAUUGAUAACGGAAAAUUUCAUGAUGUGGAUAUUUUAAUAGGAGAAACAAAGGACGAAGGUUCUAUUUUUUUACUUUUGUACAGACUAAAAUUACUAAACGAAGAAGAACCGAACUUAUCGAAAUCAGAAUUUGAAUCUAUACUAAGUCAUUUUUAUAAAGUAAAUAGUGAAUCUGUAAAUCUCAUCGUGCAGGAAUAUCUAAGAGAUGUUGCAGAUGACGCUUCUUUCACAAUUACAAAGCAAACGAUUAAAGCAUUAGGACACGGAAUUUUUACUUGUCCGAUUUUUCAUUUAGCAGAAAGAUUGUCUCAAAAUAAUAGAAAUGUGUUCCAUUAUGUGUUUAAUCACACUCGAACAAAAUCACCAAGGAAGAAAUGGAUGGGUGUACCUCACUUUGAGGAUGUGUAUUUCGUUUUUGGAAAACCUUUUAUGACAGUAAAUGAUUACUCACGAGAGGAAAUGAAAUUUAGUAAAAAAAUAAUUGAAUUAUGGACUUCGUUUGCAAAAACAGGGAAGCCUUCGUAUGAAGGAAUGGAAGAAGAAUGGUUACAAUUUGAUGAGAAGGAUCGAAGAUCUUUCUCUCUUACUUUAGGAAAUAUUCAUCUUACAAAGGCCGAAGAGGAAAAGUGCAAAUUUUGGAAACAAUUUUAUGAAUUACAGAUGAAGCUCUCAACUUUCGUUAGAAGUUCUUUGGUAAUUUGGAUUUUAUUUCAAUGCAUGCUACUAUGUGAAAACACGUCCAUCAAAGACAAAAUUUCAGGGAUUACGAUUAAAGUUUUAGAUAAAUACGUCAAUGCAUAUUUAGGAAUUCCAUAUGCAACACCUCCUGUCGGAGACUUGCGAUUUAGGGAACCUCAACCUGUUAAAGAUUGGGAUUUUGUUUAUAAUGCAACACAGAAACCACCUUCCUGCAUGCAGAGCCCACUAGAAAUUGAUCCAGAGUGGCCGAAUCGUGAUCCUAAAGAAAUAAGUGAAGAUUGCCUAUAUAUCAAUGUUUGGGUUCCAGAAUCCACUACUUGUGGCGAUAAACUCGCUACUAUGGUCUGGAUCUACGGAGGAGGUUUCAUUAUUGGUUCGUCAAACAUGGAUAUAUACGACGGAUCAGUUAUUGCAUCAGUAGGAGAAGUUAUCUUUGUUUCAUUCAAUUAUCGUCUAGGAGCAUUCGGUUAUGCAAAUUUUGGACAAGACGAUGCGGCUGUGAAUGCGGGAAUGUUGGAUCAAGUGUUGGCCUUAAAAUGGGUUCACGAAAAUAUAGAAGCUUUCGGGGGAGACAAAGAUUUAAUAACUAUUUUUGGCGAAAGUGCAGGAUCCAUGUCAGUGGCACAUCAUCUCAUUUCCCCAAUGACUAAAGGAUUAUUCAGACGAGCAAUCCUGCAAAGCGGAAGUAACAACCAACAAACAUUUACAGCGAAUCCUGAAGCUAAUUUCGAAUUUACAUCAAUGAUGGCAAAAGAAUUGGGGUGUAGUGAAGACGAUAUGCUACCAUGCAUGAGAAGGGUAGACGCUUUUGAUAUCGCAGCUUUUCAAAAACAAUUUAUGCAAAGAAAAAAGACUUUAGCAAUUUUCCUUCCUCAAAAAGGAUCUCCGUUUCUUCCCGAAGAUUCGUUUGAAAGUGUUGAUUCUGGUAAAUUUCACGAUGUAGAUGUUUUAAUUGGAGAAACUAGGGAUGAAGGUUCUCUAUUUUUAUUUCUACAUAAGUUAGAUUUAAUAAAACAGAAGGAACCGAUUUUAUCAAAAUCAGAAUCUGAGUCUAUACUGAGUAAUUUUUAUAAAGUAAAUACGGAAUCUGCAAAUCUUAUGCUUCAAGAAUAUCUAGAAGAUAUUGCAGAUGAAGCUUCUUUCACAAUUACAAAGCAGACAAUUAAAGCAAUGGGGCAUGGACUGUUUUCGUGUCCUAUUUUUCAUUUAGCAGAGAAACUUUCGAAGAACAGUAAAAAAGUGUUUCAUUACACCUUUAACCACACUCGGAUCAAAUCACCAAUGUUAAAAUGGAUAGGAGUACCUCAUUUCGAGGAUGUGUAUUUCGUUUUUGGGAAACCUUUUACAAGAGUAAAACAAUUUACUCCAGAAGAAAUGGAAUUUAGUAAAAGAAUAAUUGAAUUAUGGACGUCGUUUGCCAAAACUGGGAAGCCUUCUUAUGAAGGAAUGGAAGAAGAAUGGUUACAAUUUGAUGAGGAGGAACGAAGAUCUCUCUCCCUUACUUUAGGAAAUAUCCAUCUUACAAAGGCAGAAGAAGAAAAGUGCAAAUUUUGGAAAGAAUUUUAUGGUUAUAAUUGAUCAAGUGUAGGAUAAAAUUGUGAACAAAGGGAAAAAUUUUGGGAAUUUUACGAACAAUUUUAGUGUUACAAUUGAAGAAAUAAUGGAAACUGUGAUUAUUGCUAAAAUCUCGAUGUUUGUAUUUUCAAUAAAUUUCUUAUUGUUUCCCUAUUAGGGUACAAUUUUAUGCAAAUUUUCUUAUUUUGUCUUCAAUGCCAUCGAUUUUCGUAACCAAGAAUUAUUCAACGAUUAAAGAGUUCAUUAAGCUGAA